AUGUAUCAGAAGCGUGAAGUAAUAAGUAUCGAAGUCGGACAAGCCGGAUGUCAGAUUGGCAAUGCUGCACGGGAACUAUUUUGUUUAGAACAUGGAAUACAACCUGACAGACUGAUGCCGUCAUAUGAGAGCGUUGGUUCAGAAGACGACUCCUAUAAUACUUCAUUUAGUGAAACUGGAUGUGGAAAACAUGUCACAAGAGUAGUUUUUGUAGACCUAGAACCGAACGUCAUUGCAAACGUGAAUGAAUCUUACCGAAAACAGCCAGAAAAAACACAGCAUAAAAAAUUUACAAAAAUUUAUCUCGAAAGGAAUGAAUUCAUCAGGUCAAGGAAAGGUGAAAAGGCUAUUUACUUUGGACCAGGAGAAUUAGGCCAACCAGUUAAACUUGACAAAGUUGAUUUGGGUCCUUCCGACCUCAAACGAUUGAAAGAUGGAUUCGAAAAGCAUGGAUUUAAUGAGUUUGCCUCGGAUCUUAUAUCCUCCCACCGCAAAAUUGGAACCAUUACUAUGGAUCCUGGAUGUGCCAAUAAUAUCUACGACAAUCUGUCACCCGCCAGUAUAGUAAUUCCAGUCAGAGAUGAGUCUUGGUCAAUUCUAUUGAGAACACUUCAUAGUAUUCUGUCCAGAACACCCUUACAUCUUUUACAAGAAAUUAUACUUGUGGACGACAAUUCCAAAAUGGAUCACAUGAAAGGAAGACUAGACUGGUAUAUUUCCCAUCUACAAAAAGUAAAAAUACUUCGACUUGAAGAAAAGAAAGGGAGAAGUCUCAUGGUAGCUAGACAAGAAGGGAUAAAUAAAGCUGUAUCAGAUAUUGUCAUAGUCAUAGACUCGCAUACAGAAGUUACAGAAGGAUGGAUUGAACCAUUAAUUCAAAGAAUCAGAGAAAAGCCUAAUUAUCUAAUAGCUCCCAUUGUGGAUCAGAUAUUUCCCGAAACUUUAGAGUAUGACUACAAGAAACCCAGACCUAGAGCUAUGUCAUUUGACUUUCAUUUGGAACAGGACUGGAUAUCAUACAAACAGGAAUACCUUAACUCUAUUUCAUGGUCCAAACCGUAUAGAACAACAGGAAUCCAAGGCAAUGCACUAGUAUUCAACAAGACUUUUUUCAAUAAACUUGGUGGACUGGACACUGGUAUGAAGGUCUGGGGAGGAGAACAACAGGAACUCAUGUUUAAGUAUGUUAUGUGUGGUGGUGAUAUAGAAAUUGUACCAUGUUCUCACAUCGGUCAUGUGUACAGACAAAAACUGAUCUGGUCUAACGAACUACAUAAUAAGACUAUAAUGGAUGAAAUGUGUAACCAGUAUAGAGUAGCAGAGGUAUGGAUGGAUGAAUACAAGCAUCUUGUCUUCAACAGACUUGGUAACUACACGAGGAAAACUGGUGAUGUGUCCAGCAGGAAACGAAUUAGAGAAGAAAACAAAUGUAAACCAUUUCAGUAUGUUCUAGAUAGAAUAACACACAUGAUAGAGUUAUAUAUACCAGUUAAUUUACAAGCUUCGGGUGCUAUUGUACAUUCAGAAACAAAGCUUUGUUUAUCUUAUUGGGGAGAGGAACCAUUUGUAGCGAAAUGUCAUGGACAUGGAUAUUCACAGUUUUGGGACUUGUCCAAAGAUUUCCAAAUCCGAUGUGAGAACCAAUGUCUUGUUUAUGAGGAUAACAAAAUCAAAACUAAAAGAUGUGAAUAUUAUAAAAAUCAGAAAUGGAAGUACUUACAGAAUAAUAGGAUACAGCAUAUGGAAUCAGGAAUGUGCUUGAAUAUUGUAAAUGACUAUACACUGAUAUUAGAAGGAUGUUCACAAACAAAACAACAAACAUGGUAUUGGGAGAGAAAAUCUUGA